AUGACAGGAUCCUCAAGCUCUUCCCUCGACUCUGAGGAGUAUGAGGUCGACAAACUCGUCGAUCGUCGUCGCUCUACGACGGACCCGAACACCUACGACUACAAGAUUCGCUGGAAGCACUACGACUCGGACGAUGAUACUUGGGAGAACGAGAAAGACAUCAGUGCGCCUGUUCUUCUCAUGGCUUACGAUGCCACCCAUCCAAGAACCCCUCUUGGUUCUCCCAUGCCCGAGGUUUCCGACACGUCCGCGGAGUCGGAUACUUCCGCAGCCUCGGAAAUUACCACCUCACCGAAAGUCCCGCAGUCACCCGGCUCCAUUCCCUCGUCGCUCCGCGCAGCAACCUCUCCCCAAUCCGAUGCUGAACCACCGCUUGAAGUAGGCGACAACUGGAUUUCUCGUGUCAUGGAUGUGCGAAAGCUUUCCAGUGGUCGGAUCCGAUACCUCAUUCAGUUCACGGAUGAUUUGGGCGGGGAAUAUGAAUGGAGGGACGAGUCCGAGGUGGGAACACACUUGAGAAUGUUGUUUUUUCGUGGACACUAUGACCAAGAAAAUCAACUCAAUCCAGUGACCGUCGUGGAUAACGUUGCAGUUCAGGAGGAGAAGGAGUCCGAGGAGGAUGGGGAGGGAGAGGAAAGGAAGAAGUCCGAAGAAGAGGAGCAGGCACAGACACAGAAGAUUGAUGAUAUGAGGAAGAGUCCCGUUUCGCAGCAAGUCACUCAGCCGCAAGGCACAACACCAAGUCGGGCGAUAACGCCUUCCAUGGCGGCUAGCCCUGCCCCAAUUGCACGUCUCACAGUGGUUGGCGCAGGACCUAGUGGGGCUCCUGACCCUUACGACUCCUCAGAACCUUCCAGCAGCUCUGAGUCCGAACUUUCGGAAAGCGAAGAUCUGGACAACCUUCAAGGCGGGCACCAUAGCGAUGAUGACAAGAGUUCAGAGGUGUCGGAAGACUCCGAUGACGAGCAUGGAGAAGAAAACGAGGAUGAGGAUGAGGACGAGGAUGAAGAAGAUGACCAGGAUCUUCGCAGCCAAGCCUUUCAGAACAUAUCCCAGUCCCAGCAACAAGUAGCCAUCCUAUCAACACCUACGCCAGUGCCGGCCUUGCCAUCAGCCAACAAGUACGCUAAUUACUUGCAUAACGACUUCUACCAGCUCCUUUCGCACGUUUGGGACGAUUGCAAGGACAUGCACGGCGCCUUGAACCAAAGCAAAAAGAUGGAUUUCCUCUACGUCGGGUUUCGGAUCCUUGCUUCGGUUCCGAAGGAGUUGCUUGAGGCUGUUGUGGACGGAAACGUAUCACUACUCAAGAGGGACCUCCGAGACAACCGCCCAAAUGAUCCUUGA